AUGGAAAACACUUUCGACCUUGAUGAAGUUUCAAAGCAUUGCACUGCAGACGACAUUUGGAUCGCUGUUGACGGGAAGGUAUACGACCUUAGUACUUAUAAGACCCAUCCUGCAGGAACGGACAUCAUUGUUGAGAAUGCAGGCAAGGAUGCGACCCAAGAGUUCAAGGAUGCGGAGCACACCUCUAUGGAUCUAGAGGAAUUAAAAUAAAUACUACAUUGGAGAUCUCGAAGAGAAAAUUAAUACCGAUACAAAAUCUAGUCGGAAAAGGAAGCCGAUUUCAAAGCCAAAAAGUUCGCAAGAAGUCAAGAAGAAUUCCACAGAGAGAAGAGACUUCUCUCUUGUUCGGUCUGUAGCCAUUGACUUGACAAUUUUGUUCGGAAUCAAGCUUUUAGCAGAUUCAAUAUAA